AAUCCAGUGCACCUGAGUGACCAGAAAGGAUGGAGCCAGGAUCCACCUCUUCCCAGCCCUCAUUUAUGGGUUGGCUGAAGCCUUCGGAAGAUAAGCAGCCUUUUUUCCUUUAUUUCUGUGCUCAGAGCUGUUGCAUCUGAGCAAGCCCUCACUUGGUGGGGUCUGGGACCUUGCUGCUUUGCUGCCAUUUCUCUGCUUUCCAUUGCACUACAGCAUUACUGCCACAUCCAACAUCCCACAGUGCCCAUCCUCACCCCAUAUCUAACGUCUCUCAUCCUAUAGCCCAGAUCCAAUUACCCAAUAUGCAUACCUACAUCCCACGUGGCAGAUCCCAUAUCCAGCAUCUCUUAUCCCAUACCCAUAUCCACUAUCCAACCCUGAGCAGCCAAUGCCUCAAUUAUCCCAUAUCUCAAUUACCCCAUGCCCUGAUUACUCAGCUACCCUCAGCCCUACUACCCAUCGCCCUAUUGCAGCACACCCCAUACCUCAAGUACCCCAUAUGGCUUUUUCAAACCCCAAACACUGCACAUCAGAUUUCUCCAUAUCCCUCUGUCCCCUUCCCCUGGGGAAUGCUCUGCCCCACUCUCAGGGACUCCCUGCAGCCCCCAGCUCUGCCUCCCUCCCCAAGGACGUGGGGGUGGAACAGCCCCGCUCCCCCCCACAGUUUCCCCAGACAGGGCACAGAUCAGCCCUAUGGGAUGAGCCAAUGCCAUCCAGACCUGCUGUCCUUGGGAAGGACACUGACCUCCCCCUCCUCCCCCACAGCCCCCCCUGCUGCUGCCCUUGAACCAAUCACAUGAUUUCCUGGGAAAAUACCAUCAUCUGAGAAACAAAACUAAGAGAAUUUGGGUUCAGCUCACAGCUUUUCUGGGUGAGAACCCUCCCAGCCCAUUGCAAUGAGCAAUGGCUGCACAGGACAGCAUGUUGGACUACAGUGAGGACUGCCACCCUAAACCCAGACUCUCACCACCAUGGUGGAUAUCACCAACUCGUUGAGAUGCUCAAGAAGUGGGAUGACUGCAGGAGUCAACUGGAUACCAUGCAGAAGUUCGUCGUGGAGUUGGGGCAGCAGAUCUCCCAGCUGCAGCAGCAUAAGGAGAAGCAGGAGGCUGUGGUCAAGCAACUGCAAGAGGACAACAGGGUGCUCCAGGAGGAGGGGGCACAGCAGAAGGAGCAAUUGGAUGAGGUGCAGAGGCGCAGGAGCAGCUUCCAGGAGCAGAUCCAGGAGCAGAUCCACAGGCUGUCAGCACAGAUCUGGGACAUACGGAGCAGCAGUUCCAGUGGGAGCACAGCGAUGCCCUCUGGUUCAGCCAUGGCCCUGAGCCUCCUCGUGACGCUUCUCACUGCAAAGUGGCUGCACUGAGCACAGCGACACGGACCCGGGUGGCCCCUGUCAGUGUGGGGCCACGGGGAAACCAGGAGGAGAUGGGGCAAGGCACGUUCAGGGAACAGCGGUGCCACACGGUUCGGUGGUUCUAAACCAAUUUCCAAUAAAACUUCAUGCAAAUCCAAAGCGUUUUGCUGCUCCAGUGUCCUUUGGGGUGGCGGAUGGCACAGCCCCGCAGCCUGGCUUCGUCCAGGGGCUGAGCAUCCUCCCACGCACAGCACAAACCACACCACCCUGGGCUGUGACCGGAGAGAAACCACCGCCUGGAGCAACCGAGCACAUUGUGUGGCUCUGUCCCACGUCCCCAGCAUGGACCCUGCAGUGCCCAGAGCCACGCUGAAGGCAAUGGGGCUGUGCACGCUGCUGGUGCUGCUGGUGGCGGCGGUGACAGCGGCGGUGGCGGUGCUGCUGUGGCGCUCAGAGGCGCUGGGGAAGCUGCGGGGCUGCCAGGAGCGGGCGGCCAACGAGAGCCGUGUGCUGGAACUGCGGGUGGCACAGCUGGAGAUGGAGCUCGACCGACUGCAGCACGUGGCUGAUGAGAGACAGAGGGAGGAGGAUGCGCUGCGCCGGGAGCUCAGCCGAGUGCGCAAGGAUGGAGAGAAGCUCAACUCCAGCCUGCGGUCCUGCCGGGUGCAGGCGGCCAGGCUGGAAGCCAACAUCACAGCUCUGCAGGAUGAGGCGCAGGGGCUGCGGCGUGACAGGGCUGAGCUGUCCCGCAGGAACACAGCACAGCAAGAGGAGCUGGCUCAGGGUGCAGAGCGGGCGCUGGGGCUGCAGCAGAGGCUGGAGGAGAUGGCGGAGCAGCGGAGAGCCCUGAGGGCACGCGGGGAGCGAUGCGAGGAGCGGCAGCGGGAGCUCGAGGCCACGCUGAAGGACCGUGCAGCUGAGCUGGAUGCGCUGCGGCGGCGGUUGGGGCCCCGCACGGCACGGCGCAGGUGCUCCCCUUCCCGGAAGAGCUGAAGCCCCAUAGCACCCUCCUGUCCAGCCCUUCUUUGCCAGCAUGGACACCACGCACAGGAUGGCACCAGCCCUACAGCAGCAGAAACCAGGGCUGCCCAUUGCUCCCAGUCCCACCAGCACUAAAACCAGCAGCAGUUCAUCCCCUCUGAACUCAGCAGAGUCGGCACAGCACCAAUGACCCUCCUCACAUCCCCUCGUGUCCCCCCUCCCACAACACACUGAGCAGCUGCGGGUGCUGCCUGCUUGCUGGGACCAAAUGAUGGUGACCAGUCCUUGCUCUGAGGCCAGCCAGAGCCAUUCGUUAAUCAUUAAUUCUGUUCAUCAACUGAUUAAACAGGAAUGGUGCUCCAUGAAGUUCAACCCCCUUCUGCUCAACGUGCCCCGGUAAUUUGGCCAGCUCAGUGCUUAGGGAGCACUGUGCAGGUUACCAACACUGGGCUCUGCGGGUCAUGGGGCUGAGCCACUUGAGGGAGGGGGGGUGAUGGGAGGGAUGAGUGGCUGCCACUGAUUCCCAGCUCUUCCCUGUUCCUUUGAUCCACACGAAAGACAGUUUCCAGGAAAGUUGCUGCCGAUUUUCCUGCCGCU